UGAUAGCCAUAAGUACAACAAUCGGCCAUUUUAACCCCUUUUCGAAACCAUUUCAAUCCUCUGCAUUUCUUCAGAAUACAGCUGGUGAAUGGCGUUGGUAACUUGGGCUAAUCAAAGCCAGAAGACAAGUCUUCGGUUAAGUUAACGACAUAGCUAGUUAAAUAGUAAAAUGUGACUUGAGCCUUUUUAAUUGCAAUGUAGACUAAUUUGCAAUCUUGGCUACCAGCUAACUAGCAUGCAUCAGCCUACAUUUGCUGGUGCGUUUCGAGGAAUUUUUGGAAAUGGGUUUCCUAGUUAGAAAUAGGUCUAGUGUUUAGUAAUACCUAACUAGUAAGAAUUGUGUUUAGGUAUUAUUCCUCGAAUUCAAUGAUAGCUAGUAGUUUGCCGCGACGUAAGGUUACAGUUGGAAGCACCUUCUCAUCCAAUGCGGAUGUUAAAUUCCAAUUUUAUCAGAAUUCAACUGUCAGCUAGAAAUUAUUGCUUGAUCAUUUCAAAUAAUGUUCAAUGCCUCAGCCCACCAUUCCACGAACAAGGCUAGCAAGCCGCCCCAAGCCAAAUGUCCCGUUUUCUAUUAAACAUUUAUUUCGCUGGCCCCAUCUCUAAAAUUACAUAUUGACUCACUAAAAUAACACAAUCUAGAUACCAGCAAUUCAGUUUACAUCCAUCAUUUGAAUAGCGACUCCGAGCACCAGGCAAUGAUCGCUGACCCCGGCUCGGUAAAAUCGCGUCCAUGUCUCCUCUCGACGGUUGUGACCCUCCUCCUCUCCGCAGCUCGGUUUUAUACCGCCAUAUUGGCUCUCUAAUAUAGACUGCCAGUGAUGGGAAGGUGCUACUCAACGCUACGUCACCGGCUCUACAUAUAAACAUCAGACCGAGCUUUUUAUAGUAGGGAGGGAGACUGAGGUCCACGACAACGGACACCGACGAAUAAGGACAGUGACCUCUGUCGCUGUCCAUGCGACCAUUUUAGUUUGGGGGAAUAAUGGUCGAUUGAAAUCCUAAACUGUACAGGUCUGUGAUUGAAGAUGUUAUCAACGAGGUCCGGGAGCUCUUCCUGGAUGAGGGGGUGGACGAGCAGGUCCUCAUGGAACUCAAAACGCUGUGGGAGAACAAGCUAAUGCAGAGUAAGGCAGUGGAGGGCUUCAACACAGAGGAGCAGGCGGCCCUCCAGGCAGCAGCCCAGCAGCAGGCACAACAGGCCCAGCAGGCCACCCAGCAAGCCCAGACACAGCAGCUCCUCCUGCCCCCGCAGCAGCAAGUGACGAGCUGGCAAUCGACCCGGCCUACUGUCACCAGCGCACCCCAGCAGCAAGUCAUUAUGCAGGAUCCUAAAAUUCUGCAGCAUAUGAGUGCAACAGGGAUGAAUGCAGCAACCACAGCAGCAACCUUGGCCUUACCAACAGGAAUCAGUCCCUACCAACAACUCAUCACUAGCCAAGGCGGCAAUUUGUCCCAGAAUAUGUAUCUUAAAACAGUGGACGGUCAGAUCCUCCAGGUGCUGCGUGCGGCUAACGGGACCCAGUACAUUAUCCAGCCUCAGCAGCAGAUGGUCCUUCAGCAGCAGGUCCUUCCUCAGAUGCAGCCUGGCGGUGGGCAGGCCCCCGUCAUACAGCAGGUACGCCCCAUCACACAGGUACUGGCUCCUCUACAGGGAGGCCUCCCCCAGCAGACAGGAGUCAUCAUCCAGCCUCAACAGGUCAUCCUCACUGGGAACAAGGUCCAGCAGAAUGCACAGGUAAUGCAGAUGACAGGCCAGCCCGGUCAGGUGCAGCAGAUCCAGCAGCAGGUCCAACAAGUUCAACAGGUCCAGGGCGGAGCUGCACCAGUAGGCCCACAGCAACAGCAGCAGACCCAGCAGCAGCAGCCUCCUAUGAUGCUGCAGGUGGACGGAGCCGGGGACACGUCCUCAGAGGAAGAAGAUGAGGAGGAAGAGUAUGACGAGGAGGAAGAUGAAGAAAAGGAAAAAGAUGGAGAGGACGGCCAGGUGGAGGAGGAGCCUCUGAAUAGUGAAGAUGAUGUGAGUGAUGAGGAGGACCAAGAACUGUUUGAUACAGAAAACGUGGUGGUGUGCCAGUACGACAAGAUCCACAGAAGUAAGAACAAAUGGAAGUUCCACCUGAAGGAUGGGAUCAUGAACCUGAACGGCCGAGACUAUGUCUUCUCCAAAGCCAUCGGGGAUGCAGAGUGGUAAAACACACAGCACAAAGAAUGUGUCCCAAAUAGCACUCUAUUACCUAUAUAGUGCACUACAUGGGGAAUAGGGUGCCAUUUGGAACACAGAAAAAGGAACACACAACAACAACAAGAAAAACACCACGAAGGAACUCUGGAACUUUCUGUCAAGUUUGAGAAAGAGACUCAUCGAUAACUAUGACCCAGGGAAUCAUAUUUCAGGACCUGGGAUGGGUUGGUUUGGGAAGGAAAUAAACGUAACACACCACCCAAAACUGUGAUACUGACUGAUGCACUUCUGUAUGAGUGGUAUAUGUGUAUUAACACCCAAUACCCUACAAGCCUCCCAAGACGAGACACUGAGGAUUUCAUGCGGCACGGCCGAGGGAUCGAAGGAGAAAUCUUCUUAGGUUUUUUGUUUGACUGAAUUCGCCUCCAUUUUGACCUGAAUUUUCUCCCACACUUAUAGUGGACCAGAUAUAACCACUGACUUGAGUUGACCCACCCUACACACUUUAUGCCAAUAGGUUUGAAUCCGGGUCAAAGGUCAGAUAAAAUAUCCAGUGAUUGGACAGGGAGUCUUUCGAUCCCAGUUGUGUGCCUAGUGAUUGGCUAGGAAACCUGUCAGUCAAUCCCAGUUUUUUUUCAGUGACUGGGCACCACACAGUGAAGUUGACACCAGUGUAUUGAGUUAAGAUGGCUGUUUGAAAAAGGCUGACGUUAUUAGCUUCAUCUGCUUGUAGAUCUGGGUCCAUGUCACUGAUAUAAUAUUCCUGCCACAUGUUCUGUUGGUCCAUACUAAAAGUGCCCUCCUGUUUAUCUAGUUGAUAGUGAUAGCCACUGUGUUCAGCAGUCUAGCUCCCCUCCUGUUGCUCUUUUAAUAUUGUUUUAUUAUCAUGAAGACGAACACUAAAGGCAAAAGGAUGUUUUUAUUUUCUCUGAGAGUGCAGAGUCGAAACAUUUCUUCCAGAGUCAUAUAUUUAAAUAUGUCUCUGAUUUCAACCUGUCUGCUUCAUGCCCUAAUCCUGAAGCAUCCUAUUGUUGACUGUCGCUUUGUAAAGAAUCAACAAAUGAAUGGAUAGAUACAAUUAUUGUAAAAACGUCUUCAAAACACUUAUCUGAGAGUUUUACUAUUUUGUGGAUCCGGUGUUCUGAUUCAGUACCCGAUCAGUACAGGCAGCGGGAGAUUUGCACUGUCAGUGUCAAUGUAUCGUUCUGUCAGUCAGUGGAGUUUGUCCAUAGCCACAACAUGCCCAAUCCUUUUGGCUUAUUUUUCUCCUGUGUCUUUGUGUGUAUUUGAGUGUUACUCGUUUGAGGUCUGUCUGAGUUCACUGCAAGAUCUUGUCAUCAGUUCAAUGUUGUUGGAAUGGUCACCCACAUCCUCUUUCUGACGUUACAGUACAAAUGGAUCAUAUUUUUAUGAUUACAUUUUUUUCUUCUGUGUAGGUUUUUGUUGUAUUUAUUCCUGAAAGCUCAGGCGAUGUUAUAUUUUUGAGAGUAAAAAGAAGACAAGAAGCCGCACCAAACUGUUCUCUUAUGACCAUAACCAUGUGUUGCUUUUCUCCCUAUGUUGGUUGGACUAGGCUCCAUGUGCUGUGCUCCACGUCAUGACUGCUGUCUGUAUGUAUAGCGCUGUCUGUGUCUGUCUGUCGUGCACUUUUAAUCAUGAUGAUGAUUUUAUAAAAGUCCUCUUCAAGCCAGGUUCAACUGGGGGGUAACUUGGCCUUUUGUUCUCUGCAGUUUAAUGAUUUUUUUACAGUACCCUUUGCAUAUUUUUUUUCUCUGAAAGAAGUGAACUGUCUUCAGCUUUUCUUAGUGUCUUUGAUUCUGUUUGGGUUUAGUGUAUAUACACAUGGCUGUGCAGUCUGACACGAUGGCCCACAAAUGAAGUCAUUCUGUUGAUGAACGCAUAACAAAACAUUUCAGAGUAUGUUCUGGGUCUAGAACUGAGUGGCUUCUAGUUCUAGAACAGAGUGGCUUCUAGUUCUAGAACAGAGUGGCUUCUAGUUCUAGAACAGAGUGGCUUCUAGUUCUAGAACAGAGUGGCGUCUAGUUCUAGAACAGAGUGACGUCUAGUUCUAGAACAGAGUGGCGUCUAGUUCUAGAACAGAGUGGCGUCUAGUUCUAGAACAGAGUGGCGUCUAGUUCUAGAUCAGAGUGGCGUCUAGUUCUAGAUCAGAGUGGCGUCUAGUUCUAGAACAGAGUGGCGUCUAGUUCUAGAACAGAGUGGCGUCUAGUUCUAGAACAGAGUGGCGUCUAGUUCUAGAACAGAGUGGCGUCUAGUUCUAGAACAGAGUGGCGUCUAGUUCUAGAACAGAGUGGCGUCUAGUUCUAGAACAGAGUGGCGUCUAGUUCUAGAACAGAGUGGCGUCUAGUUCUAGAACAGAGUGGCUUCUAGUUCUGGAACUCUUGGCUUCUAGUUCUGGAACUCUUGGCUUAGUCAAGCAGUAGCAUAUGACAUAAGCCAGAGCCACUCUUCUGCUCAAGUGGUUUUGGCAUAAAUGGCUCCUACUCAAGUGGUUUUGGCCAUGUAUUCCAAAAUUAUUUUAUUGUAGUUCAUAAUUCCAUGUUUUCCAAUUCCCUGAUGUAAUUUCGUACACGUGCCUUUUGGAUUUUAAUUUGGCUUGCAGCUAUCCAAAUAUAUAAUGAUAAAAUAAGCAUUUCAAAAGAGGAUGUCUCUGGAAACUGUUUUUUUCAUGUACCAUGUGUUUCAACUGCUGUUCAAAUAACUGUUUGUGAGGGAAAUGUAUUGUUUGUUUUAUAAAUCAUACAGUUUAUUUUUAUUUUAAAUCAAAUAUCUUUGUAAAUGACCAUAACUUGGAAGGCUGUGCUUUGAAUACAACUAAUUAGAGAAAGUAGUAUUUUAUUGAACAGACCUAUUGAGUUUUUUGCCUUUGCUAAAAAAAAUGUAUUAAAAUAAUAUGAAAACUG